CACUUCAGCCUCUCAUCUUCAUUUACAGCAAGAAAGCUUUUCCUUAUUGGAGAUCCCGAGUCACAUCUCAGCCUUGGGAUGUUGGAUAACAACUGUUCUUUCGAUCCAAUGCCUGGGAUCGAUGAAAGGUUUUGUCCUACAGGACAGGAGUGCAUGAAUAUGACCUCCGGCAUGAAUAUCAGCCAAACUGGUAUGGAUGAUGCAUGUUUGACAGAGGAAGGAUAUCUGGAAAAAUAUCUGGGCCCUCGACGAUCACCUGUGUUCCUGCCUGUCUGCCUCAUUUAUCUUCUCAUCUUUUUGAUUGGCGUUGUGGGGAAUGUGCUAACAUGCACAGUUAUUUCACGCAAUAAGGUCAUGUGGACACCAACAAACUACUACUUGUUCAGCUUGGCCAUUUCAGACCUGUUAGUGCUACUGCUUGGUAUGCCACUGGAGCUGUAUGAACUUUGGCAAAACUACCCAUUUCUCUUAGGAAAGGGAGGCUGCUACUUCAAAACGUUCCUUUUCGAGAUGGUCUGCUUGGCCUCCAUUCUUAAUGUAACUGCCUUGAGCAUUGAGCGCUACAUUGCCGUGGUGCACCCACUGAGGGCAAAGUAUGUUGUGACACGUACUCAUGCCAAGAAGGUCAUCCUCACUGUGUGGGGCAUAUCGGUGCUGUGUGCUGUGCCUAACACGAGUCUGCAUGGGAUCAUAACCCUUCAGAUUCACUCAACUGGUCCUUCUGGUAACAUAAACCUUGAGAUUCCCGACUCGGCUAUCUGUACUUUAGUGAAAUCACGUUGGAUGUACAACCUCACCAUCCAGCUCACCACCUUUGUGUUUUUCAUUCUGCCCAUGAUCACAAUCAGUGUUCUCUACAUGUUGAUUGGGCUGCAGUUGAAGCGUGAAAAGAUGCGGCAGAGGCUGGAGGCCAACUCUGGCUUCGGAAGUGACAGCUUUUGUAACAUCCGUACCCAGCAGCAGAAGGCAAGACGCCGACAGGUCACAAAAAUGUUGUUUGUUUUAGUGGUGGUUUUUGGAAUCUGCUGGGCCCCGUUUCACACGGAUCGCCUCAUGUGGAGUUUCAUCAGUGACUGGACCGAUAGCCAUCACGAAAUCUUUGAGUAUGUACACAUCAUCUCCGGCGUGUUUUUCUACCUCAGCUCAGCAGUCAACCCAAUCCUUUACAACCUCAUGUCCACACGCUUUAGAGAAAUGUUCAAAGAAGUCAUGUGCCAUCGGCCACAUCACAUCAGCCCAAGAAAACACUCUCUGAGUGUGACCAGAGUGACACUCCGCAGCACACUGAGUGACGCACCUCUCAGCAACGGAACCACUGUUGCUGAGGCGGACAUGGUUGCAGAUGGCGAAGGAAAACUAAAAGAUGAGACCUGUUUUUCGUGUUAAAGAAAAAUCUAUGAGGACAUGUGAAAAGGGGUGGAAUUGUUGUAGAGUCUGUUAUUUGAAAGUAUCUGCUUGUUGCUAUGCUUGCUUUUCCCCAAUGUCAUCUGCCUUCUACAGAAGAUUUUACACAGGUAUGUCAAGAAAAUAUCUGUGCAGAAGAAUUAAGUUAAAGCAGAACACUUCAGUUA